AUGAACCUGAAGAUUUCCACACCGACAGCUUUCCAUACUGCUUCCCUCAAUCCCAAAACAUCUGUUACUCAAGGCACCUACGACAUAUGGCGUAACAAUAACCCUAACAAGAGGCUCAACUUAAAUGCCAACAAACUAGCCAAUGUCCGUCGUGACAUCGUCAAUCGUCAAGUCUGAAGUGAGAGAGAUGGAAUUACUACACCUUUUGAGAGAGAUGCGAAUGCAGUGCCAGAGGAGCAAAUUGCAAAUAAGAAGCAACAAAACGACAAAAAUAGUGAAUCUGAUGUGCAAGAUCCACUGAACAUAUAUAGAUUCACAAGAUGA